AGAGAGAUAUUACCCCCUCUGACUCCAACACCGAGAGACUCACUCAUUUCCCCCACUCUCAACAGCUGAAUUCAACGCGACUCUCUGUCCUUUAGUCUUCAUAGAAAAUGGAGAUUUAUGUCAAGGACAUGAAGAAACCAAGAUCAGUGUUCAGCAAUAUAAAGAUGUUUGUGCUGUGUCAUGGCCUGCUGCAGCUCACCCAGCUCCUGUACAGCUCCUACUUUAAGAGCACCAUCACCACCAUUGAGAGACGCUUUGGCCUCAGCAGCUUCUCCUCCGGUACCGUCUCCUCUCUGCACGAGGUGGGGAACACAGUUCUGAUAGUGUUUGUGAGUUACCUGGGCAGCAGGGUCCAUCGGCCUCGUCUGAUUGGACUGGGUGGUCUGCUGAUGUCGAUCAGCGCGCUGAUCCUGGCCCUACCUCACUUCGUGUCCCAGCCCUAUGAGUUUGACUCUGUCAUACAUGAUCGCCAAGACCUGUGUUCACUCCAAGGUACCUCCAACACCACAGAGGCCUGUGGAAAGACAGAGAUCAAGCGUAUAGCAGACACCAACAACUUGUGGCUGCUCAUGGCUAUAGCUCAGCUGCUGUUCGGAGUGGGGUCUGUUCCCAUACAACCUUUUGGUAUCUCUUAUGUGGAUGACUUCGCCGGACGAGGCAACUCCCCCCUCUACAUAGCCAUCCUGUUUGCUGUGUCUGUGUUUGGACCUGCCUUUGGCUUCCUGCUGGGCUCCGUCAUGCUGAGGAUCUAUGUGGACGUGGACAGAACCGGCUCAGUCACCAAUGCUGAGCUGGCCCCUACAGACCCUCGCUGGGUGGGUGCAUGGUGGAUGGGCCUCCUCGUCUCCUCUGCCAGCCUAGCCCUGACCUCCACCCCAUACUUCUUCUUUCCUCGCAGCAUGCCACUGGAAGGCAAUGUAAGUGGAACUGACAUUCUGAAUGAAGGCUCCGAAAAGCCUGAGAUCUCACUGCUUGAUUUCCUUAAGAUGUUCCCCAGGCUGUUUGUUCGUCUGCUCCUCAGUCCUCUGUUCCUGCUGUUGGUUCUGUCUCAGUGCUGUUUCUCUUCAGUCAUCGCUGGACUCGCCACCUUCCUCAACAAAUUCCUGGAGAGACAGUACAGCACGACUGCCGCUUACAGCAGCCUCCUCAUAGGUGCGGUGAACCUUCCUUCGGUUGCCGUGGGGAUGCUGGUGGGCGGGGUCAUCAUGAAGAGGAUGGGUCUCUCUCUUAAGGCCAUCCCUCGUUUCUCUGUCGCCAUGCUGUCCAUCUCUGUCCUCCUCCUCAUCCCCCUCUUCUUCAUGGGAUGUCCCACACAGAGGGUGGAAGAGGUCAACUAUGGAUUCCAAGGGUCUCUGGCCAAUUGUUAUUCCAACUGCUCCUGCCCUGCUGACUCCUUCAACCCAGUGUGUGGAUCUGACAACACUGAGUACCUGUCUCCCUGCCAUGCAGGAUGCAAAGACUACACCAAAGACCCCAACAACAAAUUCAGAGUUCUGGAGUACACAGACUGUAUCUGUACAGCUCACAGCCAGGGUAGUGGUGGGGGUACUGCCCGCCCCGGCCCCUGCCCUAACCAAUGUCCUCACUUCCUGCUUCCUGUCAUGUUCCUCAUCUCUCUGGCCGCGAUGAUCGCCUCUCUAACACACAAUCCCAUCUAUAUGAUGGUCCUCAGAACUGUUCCCCAUGAAGAGAAAUCUUUUGCCAUCGGAGUCCAGUUUCUGCUCAUGAGAGUGCUUGCCUGGUUACCAGCCCCAGCCCUGUUCGGCAUGACCAUCGACAGCGCCUGUAUUUGGUGGAAACAUGCCUGUGGAAACCGACUGGGCUGUGGUUACUAUGACAAUAACACCCUGAGGAACAGAUACCUGGGUCUGCAGGUGGGCUUCAAGGUGAUGGGGAUCUUCCUGCUGGGGCUGGCUGGAUGGAAGGUCCAGAGGACCAGGGAGUACAACCUGGAAAAACGGCCUGAUGGACCACUGUGAUCAUGGGAUACGACUGCCCGCUGGGCUCCUUAACUCCUUCCUUCCUCCCCCCUCCCUCGGUCCCUCCCACACGAUAGAGACUGGCCCCUGAGGACCACUUUACCCCUCCCUCCCACACGAUAGAGACUGGCCCCUGAGGACCACUAUACCCCUCCCUCCCAAACGAUAGAGACUGGCCACUGAGGACCACUAUACCCCUCCCUCCCACACAAUAGAGACUGGCCACUGAGGACCACUAUACCCCCCCCCCCCCCCUCCCACACGAUAGAGACUGGCCACUGAGGACCACUAUACCCCUCCCUCCCUCCCACACGAUAGAGACUGGCCACUGAGGACCACUUUACCCCUCAGUGGGUUUUUUUCUCGCUGAGGUCCACCUGUGCUUUUCAAUGGAGAGUACUGUGCUGUAUAGUAGUGUAUCAACUGUAUACUAGUGUAUCAACUGUAUACUAGUGUAUCAACUGUAUACUAGUGUAUCAACUGUAUACUAGUGUAUCAACUGUAUACUAGUGUAUCAAAAUGUAUACUAGUGUAUCAACUGUAUACUAGUGUAUCAACUGUAUACUAGUGUAUCAAAAUGUAUACUAGUGUAUCAACUGUAUACUAGUGUAUCAAAAUGUAUACUAGUGUAUCAACUGUAUACUAGUGUAUCAACUGUAUACUAGUGUAUCAACUGUAUACUAGUGUAUCAACUGUAUACUAGUGUAUCAAAUGUAUACUAGUGUAUCAACUGUAUACUAGUGUAUCAACUGUAUACUAGUGUAUCAACUGUAUACUAGUGUAUCAACUGUAUACUAGUGUAUCAAAAUGUAUACUAGUGUAUCAACUGUAUACUAGUGUAUCAAAAUGUAUACUAGUGUAUCAACUGUAUACUAGUGUAUCAAAUGUAUACUAGUGUAUCAACUGUAUACUAGUGUAUCAACUGUAUACUAGUGUAUCAACUGUAUACUAGUGUAUCAAAUGUAUACUAGUGUAUCAACUGUAUACUAGUGUAUCAACUGUAUACUAGUGUAUCAAAAUGUAUACUAGUGUAUCAACUGUAUACUAGUGUAUCAAAAUGUAUACUAGUGUAUCAACUGUAUACUAGUGUAUCAAAAUGUAUACUAGUGUAUCAACUGUAUACUAGUGUAUCAACUGUAUACUAGUGUAUCAAAAUGUAUACUAGUGUAUCAAAAUGUAUACUAGUGUAUCAACUGUAUACUAGUGUAUCAAAAUGUAUACUAGUGUAUCAACUGUAUACUAGUGUAUCAACUGUAUACUAGUGUAUCAAAAUGUAUACUAGUGUAUCAACUGUAUACUAGUGUAUCAACUGUAUACUAGUGUAUCAACUGUAUACUAGUGUAUCAACUGUAUACUUGCUGUUUACCCAGGGAUGUUUUCCAUUCAGGUUUCUGAGGACCACUUUACACCUCCCUCCCAUCUCACACGAUAGAGACUGGCCACUGAGGACCACUAUACCCCUCCCUCCCACACGAUAGAGACUGGCCACUGAGGACCACUAUACCCCUCCCUCCCACACGAUAGAGACUGGCCACUGAGGACCACUAUGCCCCUCCCUCCCUCCCACACGAUAGAGACUGGCCACUGAGGACCACUUUACCCCUCCCUCCCGUCUCACACGAUAGAGACUGGCCACUGAGGACCACUUUACCCCUCCCUGCCGUCUCACACGAUAGAGACUGGCCACUGAGGACCACUUUACCCCUCCCUCCCACACGAUAGAGACUGGCCACUGAGGACCACUAUACCCCUCCCUCCCACACGAUAGAGACUGGCCACUGAGGACCACUAUACCCCUCCCUCCCCUCUCACACGAUAGAGACUGGCCACUGAGGACUACUUUACCCCUCCCACAUGAUAGAGACUGGCCCCUGAGGACCACUUUACUCCUCCCUCCCACACGAUAGAGACUGGCCACUGAGGACCAUUUUACCCCUCCCUCCCACACGAUAGAGACUGGCCAUUGAGGACUUCUUUACCCCUCCCUCCCACACGAUAGAGACUGGCCACUGAGGACUACUUUACCCCUCCCACAUGAUAGAGACUGGCCCCUGAGGACCACUUUACUCCUCCCUCCCUCACGAUAGAGACUGGCCACUGAGGACCAUUUUGCCCCUCCCUCCCACACGAUAGAGACUGGCCAUUGAGGACUUCUUUACCCCUCCCUCCCACACGAUAGAGACUGGCCCCUGAGGACCACUUUACCCCUCCCUCCCACAUGAUAGAGACUGGCCCCUGAGGACCACUUUACUCCUCCCUCCCACACGAUAGAGACUGGCCAUUGAGGACUUCUUUACCCCUCCCUCCCACACGAUAGAGACUGGCCACUGAGGACUUCUUUACCCCUCCCUCCCACACGAUAGAGACUGGCCACUGAGGACUACUUUACCCCUCCCUCCCACACGAUAGAGACUGGCCACUGGGGACCACUUUACUCCUCCCUCCCGUCUCACUGUGCUAAUCCAAUCCACCACUUUACUACAAUCUAAUCUGUCUCGCAGGAGUAAAGAGACUAACCUGCCACUGAGGUACACUGUGUCUUUCAACUGGUCUGCUAAUGCAGGGUCUGAAUACAAUGGAGGGACUACUGUGAUUCAACUCUGAGCAGCCAGCCUUAUUCCUAUAUAAGCGUUUCGCAUGACUCCUCCCAGUGGGCUUAGCUGGUUAUCUUUCUUUUUUUUUUUCUCUCUCGCUGAGGUCCACCUGUGCUUUUCAAUGGAGAGUACUGUGCUGUAUAGUAGUGUAUCAAAUGUAUACUAGUGUAUCAAAAUGUAUACUAGUGUAUCAACUGUAUACUAGUGUAUCAACUGUAUACUAGUGUAUCAACUGUAUACUAGUAUAUCAACUGUAUACUAGUGUAUCAACUGUAUACUAGUGUAUCAACUGUAUACUAGUGUAUCAACUGUAUACUAGUGUAUCAAAAUGUAUACUAGUAUAUCAAAAUGUAUACUAGUGUAUCAACUGUAUACUAGUGUAUCAACUGUAUACUAGUGUAUCAACUGUAUACUAGUGUAUCAAAAUGUAUACUAGUGUAUCAACUGUAUACUAGUGUAUCAACUGUAUACUAGUAUAUCAACUGUAUACUAGUAUAUCAACUGUAUACUAGUGUAUCAACUGUAUACUGGUGUAUCAACUGUAUACUAGUGUAUCAACUGUAUACUUGCUGUUUACCCAGGGAUGUUUUCCAUUCAGGUUUCAAGGUAACUUAAUAUCUACAUUAGUUAUAGAUGCUCGUCUCUCUUCUCAUCCUAUAGAGUUUUAUACAAGAAUGGUAACUUUAUAAUCAUAUCAAAUCAAAUUUUAUUGGUCACAUACACACGGUUUUAGCAGAUGUGAUUGGUCACAUACACACGGUUUUAGCAGAUGUGAUUGGUCACAUACACACGGUUUUAGCAGAUGUUAUUGGUCACAUACACAUGGUUUUAGCAGAUGUGAUUGGUCACAUACACAUGGUUUUAGCAGAUGUGAUUGGUCACAUACACAUGGUUUUAGCAGAUGUGAUUGGUCACAUACACAUGGUUUUAGCAGAUGUGAUUGGUCACAUACACACGGUUUUAGCAGAUGUGAUUGGUCACAUACACACGGUUUUAGCAGAUGUUAUUGGUCACAUACACACGGUUUUAGCAGAUGUUAUUGGACACAUAGACACGGUUUUCGCAGAUGUUAUUGGUCACAUACACACGGUUUUAGCAGAUGUUAUUGGUCACAUACACACGGUUUUAGCAGAUGUUAUUGGUCACAUACACACGGUUUUCGCAGAUGUUAAUGCGAGUGUAGCGAAAUGCUUGUGCUUCUAUUUCCGACUGCGCGGUAAUAACCAACAAGUAAUCUAACCUGACAAUUUCACAACAUAUGAUAAACGUAUGACAUCAGCUUUAAUAUACAGUAAUAUGCUAUGUAUCACAUAUCAACGACACUGUUUACGUAAUUGAUCUCUUGUUGAAAUAGAUUUUUAGCUUAGCAAUAUUAUGCUAAGUUUAGAUUAUCUUCACCUAUGUGCCUUAUAUGCAACACCAAAUGAAUGUGAUUUAUGUAAAUAAUAAAUUGUUUUUUUAUAGUG